GCAUGACAGGUAAUUUGGUAUGAUUGCGAUUGGUGCAAAUGCAGCAAAGGUCGGUGGUAUCGGCCUCCGCUUUCGCCGACAUUGAAUAGCCUCCAACGCUAAAUUCGUCAGAAUCAUGCAAAGGUCAGUCUCUCUAACCGUACUUGACGAUCGCAUUUAAAAAAUCUGGAAAUGAGAGGAAUGAUUCAUGCUAUCGGUUUCGAUUUUUCUAUGAGCGAUCAUGAUUCUAGCUGAUAUAUUGGAUGAUCGACUAUGGGUACCUCCCUGCUCUCGUCAACACCUAAACCUUACUUGGUGAGUCCACCUAGGGACGGGCAAAGUCCACAUCGCGAGUCGGAAUCUCUUGGGACAAUGACCGGUGGCGUAUGUGGGCUAUGAGCUGCUGCUGCUAGUUGUAGGGCGGGGUCAUGCAUGCUCUCAGCUUCAAGUGAAAAGGCUUGGUUCCCCCAACAUUUGCAGAAGUCUCCUCAUACACACUUCAAUAUUCCAUAUACCUCUCCAACUUGACAACUUCCACACCUUCCACACCUUCCAUACCAAAUUCGAUUGUUGAUAUAGUAGCACAAUCCCUCGACUCAAGUUACACAUCACCCCGCCUUGCAACUCUUGUGGCAGCAGUCACACAAACAUCAUAGGACAAGAGAUCUAGUCCCCGCACGCAAGCUUCACCUUCACCAUGAAGAUGAAUACAUUAUCACAAAGAUUUUCCCGAUUUCGAUCAGAUAUAAUGCAAGAUUUAAAGACAAAGCAUAUUGAAAUGGCACCUCCAUCACCUCCCUACAUCGCCGAAUUCGAGUAUCAAGUCGAAACUUUUGGUGACGUGCCACAAGCACCACCAUCCCCGGCAUUAUCAUUUGAGGAAAUCUUCCCAAAGAAUGACCACGGAGCCAGAAAUGACAGAGCAAACGUUGCCGCAACUACCUUUACUUGUUUUGGAAACCUUCCUACCGAGAUCAGACUGUUGAUCUGGGGCAUGGCAUGUAAACAGCAACGGAGGGUCGAUGUUGAGUUCGAUGUAGAGUCGAAUCACUUUUCCCAAUCUGGUCCCCCUCUCUUCAUGUCAAACACACCUGCACCAGACGUUCUUUCCGCAUGCAGAGAAUCAAGAGAGGAAGCUUUAAAACACUACUCUUUAUGCUUUCGACAGGAUGUCAACGAGUGCGACAAAAGGCAAGCGAAGAUAUGGUGCAACUUUGAUACCGAUAUAAUACGAUUAACCCCUGAUGGAUGGGGACGAAGGGUUCACGAUGGCUUCCUAAGGCAACUCGCCACGACCAAUGGCAUUUCUCGCGCAUUUAAUAUCCGCAACUUUAGCAAUUAUAACCCUCUGAGUUUAGCACAAGACGAAACCUCGACGUUUAGCUGGACCAGCAUUUUCGACGCCAUUGAUUCUCACAUUUAUUUGGGCUAUGAAUUACAGGACAUCGUUUUGUACUAUGAUGCGGAGGAUAAACCAGAGCAAGCUUCAGAGCAAGCUGAUAGGUCGGAAUUCGUGGAGCUGGACUGGAGUGCUAUGGAUUCAGAGUCUCAAAAGACAAAGAUGCUGCAGUGUGUGCAGAGAGACUUGUUAAAGAAAAUGCCUAGCUACUGUCCGCCUUGGGAGCACCGCUCGUUUACACAAACAGAUGACGACUCCUUACCUAGGGGGAACGCAGUGUGGGAACUUCUCCAGUCAAAGGUCAAAUUGAUGGAGCUUAAGGUCAAUCAUUGAUAGGCCAUUUUUACAAAAUAUUUAAAACAGGGAGGGUUGACCACUGAGAAAAGUCUUUUCGGAAUUGUAUUUAUUUACGAGAACUCAUGUAUCUCCAACAAAACAUAUAUAUAGCUAUUUAAUAUUAUAACACCUUUUCUACUCCCUACA